AUGGACACACAGCCCGCUCCCUGCCCUCCGGCCCUUUCUGUUUUUUUCUUCCUCCAUUCCUCUCAGCGGCGGCUUCACAAACAGGGGGCCUCGAAAAGGCAAGCCCCUCUCGCGUUGUGUGCGAGGCCUUUUUUGGAAUGCAAAGGUGUCCAAAUUCCUUGUGCCCACAACUAUUUCCUCCUCCUCUCUCUCGGCUGGCGGGCCCCGAGGCUAGUUGGUGGCGAUUCUGGUGCCUGCGGCGGUCAACGGUCUCUUCUUGUGGAGCGGUCAGUCGGCCGGAUUCGGAGAUGUUUUUUUUCUGAGGAUUCUGAUGGCCAGAAGGCAGCGAAAAAGGGAGAGAAGAGGGAGAAAGAACAAAAGGAGAGACGACAACCGCUGGAAGGAAGUAAACAAGGUGUGAUGAGAAAAUUACAAGGUAAAAGAAGAUUGUAA